CCUACAAACAGACAAGCAUCCCACAUAUACUGGCGGGACGUUGAGCUCGAGUACACACUGCUAUCAGUUCUACUCUUAUGCUGUAGAGAUGAUAAACAGCAAAUUUCACCGGUGGAGAACUCCUACGUUUACUGAAAAGAAGCCAUACCAAGGGGGGUGAGGACAAGAAACCUUAAAAACGCCGAUAUGGCAGACCUUGUGCAAGGAUUAUUUAUUUGUCUGAUGGCAGUGCAGUCCAUUCAGCAUGAUGGACACAGAACCAGGACCAAAACAAAUAUUUCAACUGGUGUGAUACCAAAAACCUUCAAGGGGAGGAUGUACAAACCUAAUCACGCAAGCCAGUCACCGACCAUGCUCUAUCCCAGCACCAAACCUUGGCUCUAUGUGAACCAAGAGGACCCAGUGACAGCCUAUACCACAGGGGUCAUCAGCACUUGGGUCAUACCUUGGUCAUAUAUCCUGGCCAUGCUGGUGGGUAUCCCCUCCAACGCCUACAUUCUGGCCUUCCUCAGAGUCAGACUCAGAGCAAAGUCCAUGUCCACAGUAGUUCUUUACCUGAACCUGGCCUUGUCUGACCUGCUGCUCCUGCUUUCCCUGGCACUGCGUGUUCACUACCACUUCAACGAAAACAACUGGAUAUUUGGGGAAAUCUCCUGCCGGCUUAUCACAGCCUUGUUUUAUGGCAAUGUUUACUGUUCAGCUCAAACUAUAGCAUGCAUCAGUCUGAAGCGCUACCUGGCUGUGGUCAGACCGUUUCUGUACAGAAGGAUGACUAAGACCACGCUGGCAGUGGGGACGUGCUUGGUUGUAUGGUUGCUGUUUGCGGCUGCGAUUGUGCCUGAGCUCCUUGUUAGGCAGAGCUACGAGGUUACCCAGCUGGGAGUCACCACUUGCCAUGAUGUACUUCCCCUAGAAGAAAAAUCCCAUUCCCUGUUGGUGCUAUACAGGCUGAUGCUAGUUUGUGUGGGCUUCAUAGUGCCCUUCCUGAUUUGUUUCUAUGCCCAUGUGGUAGUGGUAUACCACCUAGGUCAAUCUGGUUGUGACUGGAGACCUUUUAUCAGGGUUAGCACUCUGGUCUUCAUCAUCUUUGUGGUGUGUUUCUUGCCCAGCGGGAUCCUGCAUAUCGCCCACUACAUCCGUUUGUUUUCCAGCGGUGACGACAGACUGUAUGGAUACUACAGACUAGCGGUGUGUCUCUGCUGCUUCCACAGCUGUCUGGAUCCCUUCCUGUGUUUGCUGAUUUCCAAAACAGCAGUCUCAGAACUACAAUUCAUCUCCCUUCGUGAGAUACCUCAGAGACCAGCAAUUAGGACAUGAGACUGGAUGUGUGUGCACAGAAGAAAAAAAUGUCCCUGCUGGACCAUUGUUAGGACACAGCAGGGAAGCACAAGAAACAAAUAUGUGAAAGUUAUGACUGGACACUCUAAAUAAAACAGGGUGAAACCACAAUCUCUGUUAGGUCCAAAACAAAAGUAAUCUGUGUGUGAAAAAGUUGUCUUUUUACAGUAUCAGAAAAGAACUCUGCAAAAUGUGCAACCUUUACAAGCCUAUCAUGUUCAUCUAGCAAAAUCUCAGAUCGCAAAUUUGGUAACACAGUCACAGUAUGCUGACAACUAUAUUCUGCCCUCUAUUUAACUUUGUUAGGAGAAGAAUUAAAUACAAAAACAGACAAAGUAUUUAUGUAGACAUUUACUCUUGUCCUUCCAAUUUUUAAUUACAUGUAAAAUAUAUACAUAAAGAAAAAAAGUUCUAAAUCAAGAAUAAAGCCAGGGAUGAGAGGCUGCUGUGCAACUCCAAUAAAACUAAUAGGAAUGAGAAAGUUAUGGUAUGUGGUUACAACACUGGUUUAUUAGGCAAUAGAGAUUUUUGAAUAUUUUGCACUCUGAGGAUGUGGUAGGUGCAAGCACAUUUUUCUAAGUCAUAGAAAAAGUCCUAAAUAAAUUAAAUAAAACCAGUGUCAAAUUACCUGGCAGAGAAGUUGCUUUGUAUA